AUGUGUGCUGGGUCCGCGCAGGGCGUGCUCUCAGCACAUAUGUUUUUCUUAAUUGCACCAAAUGUGCGGCCCGCUCAGCGUCAUGGCCCAGACGCUAAUGACCUUCGGGUGCAGGUGGAGUCCCGGGGCUCCCAGUGACACUGCGGUCUUUGUGCUGGGAGCAUGCAGUGCGGCACGCUCCCAGCACAAAGACAGGUAUGCAAAUAUGCGGCCCCAGAGAAAAAAAGCCCAUUUCCGUGAGGCCGCAUAUUUGUUUGACGGCGGUGUCAAGGGGUUA